UCUCCUUCCUCCACCUCCUCCAAACUUCCUCCUUCAUCGUUCUCGUCCAUCCAUGGCGCACCUCCUCGUUCAUAUUUUUCAUAUUUUUCAUAUUUGUCAUCACCUUUUUUCUCUUUUUUUGGGCUGAAUCAUUGAUAUUAAGUUAACCCAAAUAUUAAAUAAAUCCCAUGAAAUUGCCUUUAUAAACUCCCCUUCCACCCCACCUUCUUCCCACACUCUCCAAACUCCUCCUUCCUCCAAUCUUCCUCCUUCAUCGUCCUCGUCCAUCCAUGGCGAUCCCGGCCGCCGCCGCCGCCGCCCUCCUCCUCUUCUCCGCCGUCGCCGCCGUCGCCGCCGCCGCUGCGAGGACUGACGAGGAGGUCAUGGGCAUGUACGAGCUCUGGCUCGCCAAGCACGGCAAGGCCUACAACGGCCUCGGCGAGCGGGAGCGGCGGUUCGAGAUCUUCCGCGACAACCUCCGGUUCGUGGACGAGCACACCGCCCUCAACCGGUCGUACGCCCUCGGGAUGAACCGGUUCGCCGACCUCACCAACGAGGAGUACCGCGCCAUCUACCUCGGCACCCGGAGCGACCCCAUGCGCCGGGUGGCGAAGGCGAGGCGCGCGAGCGACCGCUACGCCCUCCCGCCCCUGCGAGACAGCAUGCUGCCGGCCGCCGUCGAUUGGAGGACCAAGGGCGCCGUUAACAAGGUCAAGGACCAGGAGCUUGCGGGAAGCUGCUGGGCCUUCUCUACCAUAGCCGCCGUGGAAGGAAUCAACCAGAUCGUCACCGGCGAGCUCAUAUCCCUCUCCGAGCAAGAGCUUGUGGAUUGUGACCGGUCCUACGAUGCCGGUUGCAAUGGUGGGCUCAUGGACUAUGCCUUCCAGUUCAUCAUUGACAACGGUGGCAUCGACACUGAGGAGGACUACCCUUACCUGGGAGUCGAUGGAACCUGUGAUGCGUCUGGGGUUAACUCAAAGGUGGUGAGCAUUGAUGGGUACGAGGAUGUCCCGGCCUUCGACGAGAGAGCCUUGAAGAAGGCUGUGGCUCAUCAACCCGUGAGUGUUGCCAUUGAAGCUGGAAACAGAGAUUUCCAACUUUAUGAAUCCGGCGUGUUCACCGGCGAAUGUGGAACUGCGUUGGACCACGGUGUGAUCGCGGUCGGAUAUGGGAAGGAACAUGGUGCCGACUACUGGCUUGUGAGGAACUCGUGGGGUGCCGAGUGGGGCGAGAGCGGAUACAUCAAGAUGGAGAGGAACUUGGCCAACAACUACUUCGGCAAGUGCGGUAUCGCAAUGGAGGCUUCUUACCCUGUCAAGACCACCCAGAACCCUCCUAGUAAAUAUUCUUCAAUGGGAAGCAGCGGUGGCAUCAAACUUGUCAGCAGUUCUUGAAGUCCGGAAUAGAGGAAAACUUACAGAAAGGUGCAAGAUUGAUUGUCUUUGAGUUCGGGGAUCACUCUGGGUUCACAUAAUUGUGUUAUAUUCCUUGCCGGGGGUCGGUUUAUGGAAGGGGGAAAGGAAUAUGGAUGCACAUCGGGCGGUUUUCUUAUGAUUCUACUGUAAAUAUCUUUCAUUUCAUCAACAUUUGAAUUCCGAAGAAUUGCACCAUAAGAAGUAAUAGUUAUUGUAACUCGAAUUGCCUAGUUCAAGUCUUCAAUCGAAACUCCUCUCUUUCACA